AUGACGGAUAUGGUAGAUAACCCACUUUCGCUCAAAUACAAGGCUUCGACCGACUACGCCAAAGAUGCAGUCGACAUGAAAGUCCCAUACAUCAGCCAAGAUCCCCAGCAGAUCGCUGGCCUUCUCCGCGGCCUCGAUGACGGUGCCAAAAAGGGCAAGGGAAGGAGCGGCUUCCACGUCAAGAAGACAAAGUACGCCGUUGCCGCCUCGCCAAUCAAGGCGACAGUAGACUCGUGGAGAUUUCAGGAGUGGGACUACAAGCGAAGAGAUCUCCCAACCUACGCUCGCGGCCUGUUCACCACCAAACGACAGGACGGCACCCCGGAAAUCGUCAUUCGGGGGUACGACAAGUUUUUCAACUGCGGCGAGGUACGCGAGACGGAUUGGGACAAUAUUCUGAGCAGAACCAAGGGCCCAUAUGAGCUCACGCUGAAAGAAAACGGAUGCAUCAUCUUCAUCAGCGGGCUUGAGGACGACACACUUCUUGUCUGCAGCAAACACUCGACUGGAGACCGGCAGGAUGCUGAGCACAGCCACGCCAGCGUUGGCGAGAAGCAUAUCGAGAGACAGUUGCAGCGUAUUGGAAAAACCAAGGAGGACCUGGCCAGGGAACUGAGAAGAAGGAACGCCACUGCUGUUGCUGAGCUUUGCGAUGACAACUUUGAGGAGCAUAUUUUGGCCUACGGGCCGGACAAGGCCGGUCUUUACCUUCACGGCAUCAACCUCAACCUUCCUGAAUUCUUCACCUACCCUUCGCAGCUUGUCCAGAAGUUCGCCGAGGACUGGGGCUUCGUCAAGACGGGGCUCAUCAUGAUUGACGAUAUCAAGGAGGUCAAAGCUUUCCUCGAGGAGGUUGCCGAAACCGGAGCACAUGAUGGGCGUGACGUGGAGGGCUUUGUCAUUCGCUGCAAGAUGAGCCACGAUCCUACGAAGCAACCUUUUAUGGAUUGGUUCUUCAAGUAUAAGUUCGAGGAGCCCUAUCUGAUGUACCGCCAGUGGAGAGAGUGCACCAAGUCUCUGAUCUCGGGGAAGCAGCCGAGGAUCAAGAAGCACGUCAAGAUCACUGAGGAGUAUCUUUUGUACGCCCGCAAGAGGUUGGCCGCUGAUCGAAACUUGGGCAAGCUCUACCAGCAGAACCAUGGCAUCAUCAAGCUGAGAAACGACUUCCUCGAGUUCAAGCAGAUGAAGGGGUCUGAUGCCGCCAAUUUUGAGGAAUUGCACGGCAACGGAGGGCUCACCGAGGUGACACGAGAUGUCAUUGUUGUUCCGAUCGCUACUAUUGGAUGUGGUAAGACGACUAUCGGAGUUGCUCUCACCAAGCUCUUCGGCUGGGGUCACAUCCAGAAUGACAACAUCACCGGUCCCAAGCGCCCUCCACGUUUCACCAAGGCUCUCCUUGACGAGCUUGACGAGGCCCCUGCCGUCUUUGCCGACCGCAACAACGCCCAGAAGCAUGAGCGCAAGCAGUUGAUCACGGAUGUCAAGCUUCAGCACACCAAUGCCAGGCUUGUGGCUCUCCACUUUGUCCACAACGACGUCGAAAACAUCCGAAAAAUUACCCGGGACCGCGUGCUCAUCCGUGGCGACAACCACCAGACCAUCCAGGCUGCCACGGACAUGGGCAAGGUAGUCGGUAUCAUGGAGGGAUUCCUCCACCGGUUUGAGCCCUGCGAUCCAGAGAAGGAGCCAGAUGCCGGUUUCGACGCCGUGAUUGACCUCGACCCUACCGUCGGAAGCAGAGCCAACCUCGAGAUUGUCAUCAAGGAGCUUCACCGUCUCUACCCCAAGCUUGUCACUGAGGUUCCUCCUCCUGAUGCUAUGGAUGAGGCCAUCAAGGCUGCUCUGGAGGGGUAUACUCCUGAUCUGAGACACAACAUCCCCGAUCGCUCCAACAACAAGGGCAAGAAGCCUCACCAACAGAUCAACCCUAUUACUGGCAGGCAGAUCAAGAAGAAGCCUCUCGAGUACAUGUCUGUCGACGUCCAGACCAAGGAUGUGCUGGACGCGCUGGAGAAGGCUUUCGCCUCGGUGGGCAACGAGCAGGCAAAGUUUUACAAGAUGCUUCAGGGCCAGAGGAGGAUCCAGGCCAAGUUCCACGUUACGUUGAUGCACCGCGCUGGAGCCAAGGAGAAUAAAGAACUUUGGGAUCGGUAUGUAGCUGUUCAUGAGGCGGAUGGGCAGAUUCAUGACGAUGGGAGGCUGGGGGAGAUGGAGGUUCAGCUUGAGAGGGUGGUCUUUGAUGAGAGGGUUAUGGCGAUUGUGGUUAGGCUGGUGCCUGGGGAGGGGGAUGUGAUUACUGUUAUGGGGAAGGAUGGGAAGGAGGAGACGAAGCAGAAGUGGGAGUGUGUAAACAGGGUUGCGCAUAUUACUGUUGGCACGAGGAGCGAUGGGAUUAAGCCGAAGGAGUCGAAUGAUUUGUUGAAGAGGUGGUUGGAGGUGGGGAGUGGGGAGGGGACGGGGAUUGGGGAGGUGGUUUUGGAGGGGAGGCCGGGGUUGAAGGGUGUCGUGCGGGGGGUGCUUUCUAGGUAG